AUGAAAAACAAUGUGAAAAGCGGAAUUCUUUUUAAAAGCGGUGACUGCAAUUAUAACACUGAUAUUUUCAGCAACUUUUCCUUGCACAUCUAUAAAAAUCAGUUGACCAUGGACAUGUUGUUAGUUCGCCCGCUAAGAAUGGGUCUAAAAGGGCACGUGGUUUUCAAUUUUCGAUUAGGAAAGGCGCAACCUUAUCGGAACCUCUUUCACCAUGAUUUCAACUAUUGCGCAAUGCUUAAAGGUGCACGAGAUUCCAUGUACGGCCGAUUCUUUACGAGCAUGUUAAAGGUGGGAAACUUUGCAACCAGUUGUCCUAUAGGCACAGGAAAUUACUAUCUUCAUGACUGGGCGCUUGAUAGUAAGUUGGUGCCUUCGUUUCUACAAAUAGGCGAUUAUCGAAUCGAUGGAUCUUUUUACUAUGGCAAUAAAAAACAACAUAAGGACAAUACUUUGCUGCUCUGUACUGUCGAAGCAAUAUUGGAUUAA